AUGGCGAAGAAUAUCUGGAUAGCAGCUUCGGAUGGCGAUCUCGAUCGGGUCAAGGAGCUCAUAGAGGGUGGCACAUCUGCCAAUGCAAAGGACGAGAACAGCUACACGCCAAUGCAUGCAGCUGCUUCUUGGGGCCAUCCUGACGUUUUAGAUUAUCUCAUCUCCAAAGGCGGCGACAUCAACCUCAGAGACGGCGAUGGCGAAACGCCUCUGUUCGCUGUGGAGACCAUAGCGAUGGCCACAAAGGUCAUCUCGCUCGGAGCGGAUGCCUCCUUACGGAAUGAACAAGGCAGAACAGCGGCCGCCUCGCUCGCAGAAGACUAUUACCCUGUAGCACGAUACGUCGCCAGCAUAACAAAGGAAACGUUGCCCGUUACAGCAGCAGACAGCGACGAGGAGGAAGAGGAGAACGCCGGAGCAGGCACAAAGCGGAGCGCGCCGAGCAGAGAUAGUGCUGCGCCGCUUUCGAUUGACUCUCUGCCUGCAGAGACGAGUGCACAGACUGACGCAGCCGCCGAGGAUCUGAUGGCCAAGAUCAGAGACAUCACCAUUGCAGCAGAACGAGACGGAUUCGACCCUGAGGAUCAGAUACGCGAAGCCGUCAAUGCCGCCGUUGCGCUCCAGAUGAGGGAAGGUCAGAGGUUAGCCUACGAAGAGGCCAUCUCGACCGGCCAACUCUCUGCAGACGGGACCCCCAAGAAGAUCAAAGUAGACACUCCCGGCAGAUGA